CCUCACGCAUGAAACAGAUAACUAGGUACCAAAUGGGAGGUAGGAGAUGACUCAAAACGACGUGUGCCUUUAUUUAUUUUAAAGAAGACAAUCAUAAGAUCGGACAAACAAUUAGGUGGUAUAAGAGUAAAAACAACACAGCAAUUUUUGGCGCUCUCAUUCUCACAAGUUUCUUACCGCCGCCAGCUUAGUCGUCGCAAAAGGUCAUUCGCUAAACACCCACCCCCGCAUGAUGGCAGCCAGCAAGGCUGUCCCGCGGGAACGACUCUUGGCUCUGCAGCACGCUUACGAUACGCUCUGCAUAUAUCUUGGGUUCCACGAUGACGAAAAGCACUUUUUGCGACAGAUCCUGGAUGGGGACUUCAUCAGCCCCUUUUUCGCAGAGUAUCGGCGCGACUACCUCGAAGCCGAAGUAGAGAUCGAGGACGUAGAUUGCGAUGAGCUAUUCAGGUGGUGCAAGUCUAAGAACGCCUUCGCGUUGCCCAAGUACGUAAGCUCUAAGACGCCAAGUAAGGGGAACUGGACGGCGCUCGAUCAUGCGGCUCGGUUUCUCGUCCGCGCUCUUCGGUUUAGUUGGGAGAACGAUGGCGAGUGGACGCAUGGAAAAUUCGAUCCUGAUAACGACCGGGAUCUAGAGAGCGACAAAGAGUUCCAUCAAGUCUGGGCCAUCCUGCGGUAUCUUCAGAUAGAAUGGGAAGCUGCUAAUAUCGACGAGUGGGAAGGGGACAGCAUAAGUGAGACCCUUGCGGAUAUGUUAUCCAGUCGAUUAUAACUCAGAUAUGAGGUUAAAGCCGGACAGAUUCGUUCUAGGCAUUCAUGUGGCACCAGGUAUAAUGUAAUCUAAGGC